UGCACCGGGUGUGCGGGUCCCCGCUUUGUUGCCUGAGUGGGGUGGCGGUAGAAGUUGGGGGGGUCAGAGGCUACAGCUGGUCUGGACCCACAGUCGCUGUCCUUGCCGUCACGCUUCCCGGUAGCCUUCAGCGUAGGAACCCCGCCCACAAGCAGCCAUGAGCGGCGGUGUGUACGGAGGAGAUGAAGUUGGAGCCCUUGUUUUUGACAUUGGAUCCUAUACUGUGAGAGCUGGUUAUGCUGGUGAGGACUGUCCCAAGGUGGAUUUCCCCACCGCUAUUGGCAUGGUGUUAGAGAGAGAUGAUGGAAGCACGUUGAUGGAAAUAGAUGGUGAUAAAGGCAAACAAGGUGGUCCCACCUAUUACAUAGAUACUAAUGCCCUGCGUGUUCCCAGGGAGAAUAUGGAGGCCAUUUCACCACUGAAAAACGGGAUGGUUGAGGACUGGGAUAGUUUCCAGGCUAUUUUGGAUCACACCUACAAGAUGCACGUCAAAUCAGAGCCCAGCCUGCAUCCUGUCCUCAUGUCAGAAGCACCGUGGAACACCAGAGCCAAGAGAGAGAAACUGACAGAGUUGAUGUUUGAACACUACAACAUCCCCGCGUUCUUCCUUUGCAAAACUGCAGUUUUGACUGCAUUUGCUAAUGGGCGCUCUACUGGGCUUAUUUUGGACAGUGGAGCCACUCAUACCACUGCAAUUCCAGUCCACGAUGGCUACGUCCUUCAGCAAGGUAUCGUGAAAUCCCCCCUUGCUGGAGAUUUUAUUACUAUGCAAUGCAGAGAACUCUUCCAGGAAAUGAAUAUAGAACUCAUUCCUCCAUAUAUGAUUGCUUCAAAAGAACCUGUGCGUGAAGGAUCUCCAGCAAACUGGAAAAAAAAAGAGAAGUUGCCACCGGUUACAAGAUCUUGGCAUAAUUAUAUGUGUAACGUAAGUAACCAUUAUCCUCUUUUUGAAAGAGUUAUAGCCUGUAAGUCUUAGAAUACAAUAUAACAU